AGGCAAGCAGUAGGCACCUCGGGGAGCUCGGGGAGCCGCGGUGCUCUCUUUCCCUAAGCUAGGUUUCUAUUGUAGGCGGUGCAUUCCUUGGGAGGGAGGGUGUGUGUGUGUCGGUGCCUUCCCACACUCGGGGCAGCUCUUAUUUAAUGGGGGUCUCCAUGCAGGGCAGACGCCAGAAGAGAUUUUGCCGUUCCCAGGUCCCAUCCAGGAACAGCAGCAGCUCGCAUACCAGGUGCCAGCAUGGACCGCGUGGCCGAGAUAACCCUGGAGGAGUUGGCUCCCAGGACCAACCAAGCCUCCAGGAUGCACCUCAGGGAGGAUCUGAGGAGGAUGCGGUGCGCGGUGCUGCUCUGCCUGCUCUCCGUGCUGGUCCUGGCGCUGCCCACUGCCUACCUGUUGGUUGGAAACCUCAGAGCCCCCAGCUCCUGCAACGGCCAGGUCACAGAAGAGAGGGGCUCUCGCUUUCUGAAGCAACGGGCAUUACAUACUGGUACAGAUACACUUUCCAGUACAGAAAAGCCAAGAGCGCACCUGACAGUGAAGAAACAAGAUCUCGCUGACACCGUGGGAAACCAUCUGCCCAUCCUGCAGUGGGAAGACAAGCGAGGCUUGGCUUUUACCAAGAACAACCUGAGUUAUUCCAGCAACGCACUGGUGAUACCUGUGUCUGGGGACUACUAUGUCUAUGCUCAGGUCACUUUCCGAGGGCCCAUUGAAAGAUACAGUAAAACAAAUUCUGUCACUGAGAUCAUCACCAAAGUCACUGACAGUUACCCUGAGCCCACCCAGCUGCUGACUGGCACCAAGACCCUCAGUGAAAAGGGAAACAGCUGGUUCCAGCCGAUUUAUCUGGGCGCCGUGGUCUCCUUAGAAGUGGGAGACAAGCUAAUGGUCAACGUUAGUGACAUCAAGCUGGUGGAUUACACUAAGGAGCACAAAACCUUCUUUGGUGCCUUUUUACUGUAGGUCCCUGGCAGCAGCUGGUGGGGGCUUCCCUUCAGGGCCCUGGUGUGACCUUGCAGGACUUUGGCUUUGUGGGCGUGCGUCAGGGUGCAAUCUCUGUGCUGUUAUCCUUCUUCUGUACUGUCACCCCCUACAGCUCCCUACAGCCUUAAAUUAAGGGGUAGGGAAAGCUGAAGCCACAGGCUGAAUUGAACACCCCCCCCCCCCCCCCCCAAAAAAAAAAACAAAAAAAACCAGAGAAUGAAGGUCAGAUUGGAGAAAAAAAUAUAUUCUUGAAAGUAAAAACUGAGAGCUCUUCAAAAUUUUUUAAGCUAGGGAGGAACAGUUUAUACCUGUGGGUAAGAAUAUUGAUCUUGAAUAUUGCAGCUAAGCUACAUCACUAAUUCCUCCUCCAAUGUACAGUUUCCUCAACCCAAAAAAGUUCUGAACUUUCUCCAGUGCUUCCAGUAUAGUUUUGCAUGACCCUUCUUCAGAUUCUCAGUUCUAAAAGGUAAUUACUUUUCAUCAUUUCCUUACAAAUAGAUUUGCUCAGUACUUUGCACUAACAUAAAGCUCAGAUUAAUCAUUAACUGCUUAACUAACCCCUUCCAACUUUCCUGUAAAAUAGAUUAAAAUUAUAUCUUGUGUUUUGUAGAAGCUACCUGAAUUUUUUUUUUCCCUCAAGAAAUUGUUUACAGUUCUUUAAGUCAAUAUACAGCCUCAAAACUUUAUGUAGAAUUUCUAGGGAACACACACAAACACUUUCUGUUUCAGCAUGAAAGUGAAAUCUCCCCCCUAGGUCGUAACAUUAGGAAAACAGAAAAGACAAGGCAGAGAGAGACAUGCAGCAAAAUUUUCCACAAUUUAAAUCAGCCACUGAAAUUUUGAGAGAAAACCUCUGCAAUGUUUUGCUUUCCAUUAUGUUUAAUGCAAAGCAAGCGCAACUAAAGAAAUCACUGUCUUGGUGCUCCCCCUUGCAUCCAUUGCCAAUGCUGCAGCGGUCCCCUAACCACAAGGGACUCCCCAGCCUUUCCCUUGGUGAAGGCUGGCAAGCAGUAGUCCCUACACAAGGUCAAAAGAUCCAAAGACACGAUCAUGGCAUGCCACGACCAGGUGCGGAGCUCAGGAAUGUUUAGCUUCCCACCUUGCACUUUGCUAUUUUCAUUGACCUUACUGUCUCUCAGGGAUAUUCCCCAGCUUUCCUUCUCCUCCCACAAUAAAUACAUCACUGACAAUGACUCAAGUCAUGUUCUCGUAGAUUUGGACUUCACACUCUUAACUACCAGGAGGUCUCACAGCUGAGCACCUACCAUCCAGCCAUUCUGCAACAACCAGGCUUCACUCUCUGCAACUCCUUCCUGCCUCACCUCAUUGGAUUUCCUCCAUUUUCCACUUCUUGGCCACAAGUGACAGAAAAGCUUGAUUGCCUAGUUAACGUUUCCACUCAAAGCCAUGGUGGGGCCCAAAAGCACGCUGUUAGUGUCAGGGAGGUACUGACGUUGGGGAAUACGUAGCACUGGGAUGGGAGGUUGUAGCUGAAGAGCUCAAAUGGGCAGAGAAGUUCUCUGGUGGAGACAGCCCAACUACAAAAGACCGUGUGUGAUAUUGCAGCCCAACCAGCAGGGAGACCAGGCUGCUUUGUCCACAGCGAGCCUAUUCCUAGCAGGAGACAAUUUAGUGCUGUAUAAAGAUCUGUUUGAACUAACAUGGAAAAGUCAGUAGCACAGCUGAAGCGUAGAGCAUAGAGGAAGGCCAAGGCAGAUUGGGGGUAAAGGGAGGAGAGGAGCAGAGUAGGAGGUGGAAGAUCCAGGCAACACCAGGAUCUCUGCCUCUUCAUGGCUUGGUGUCUUCAUGCUGACAGCAUGACUAUACCUCUUAAACCUAGCAGGUCUUUUAUGUAGUAAAUCACCUCAGAAAAGAAGGCUUUUUGACUAUCCUUCCCUCUUCUGCAGUGCCUGGGUCCCAUAGUAGGUCUCAGUCCUUCACUGUUUUAUCCACACUGAGACAGCAUUAAACACAUCCCAAAAGCUAGGAGAUUGCUAUCUUGCUCUGCCCUUCUUUCCUCAGCAGGUGUCUGUCUUGCUUCCAGAUUCUCCUUGAGUCUAGUCAUUGAGUGUUGGUCCACUAUACAACACUAUACAACAACAUCUGGGAGAUGUUGACAAUGUCCCUGCAUCAAAACCUCAUGACAGUUUGGCUUCCCAUCCUUUCUUUGACUUGUCCUUCAUUUUCCCCACAUCCACAUCUCAACUGUCCUCUUGAUCCCCUUCUCCCACAGGCACCUUCCUGCCAGUCACCCCAGUGCACAGAGAAAACUUGACAUCUGAAAAUAGGUUAGGAUGGCAGAAACUAAAGGUAAUGAUCCUGCUAGAAGGUGCAAACACUCUUGGCCAAAACAUCCUCCGAUGUCUUUAUUAGCUAGAUUCACUGCCGUCUUUAAGUCCUUUCUCCUAUGUUUCAUCCACCUGUUCAGCCUUUUCUUUUAAGCUGAAACUGGCUGAGACAGGAGCAGUUAUUCCCCAUGUAUCUGUUCAGCACCCAGCACAGGCGACCCGGCCUCAUUACUUCUCAGAAAGGGUGUCUGGUCAUUCAGUUCCUUGGCAGCGCUGUUCUUACUGCUCAGACCCACCCCACACCAUGGUAAAAUCUGGGGAAAUCUCACUCUUUUGGCAGUCCAAGACAAGGUUAUUCUCUGAGAAACCCUAAGACUUCCCAUAUCUUAGAUUUUCUAAAGUGUUCUCUCAACACCCCAUGCUAAGUUCUCCUGAGCUUCUGAUCCCUUAGUUGUGUGCCCAAAAUAGGAACUGAACUCAUGAAAAGAUGAAAUUUGCAGCUCUUGCAGACCACCAUGUAAAGCACUUUAGGUGACUAGCACAUGAAACAACAUGGUAAAUCUUAUAAAGGGAAGACUUAAAAGUGACCUGUCCGGGACAGGUGAUUCUCAGCGACUAGGUAGGAAUGCUUCUGUGAAGUGUUAUAUAGGAUGAAUUUGGUUUAUCCUUGGAGAAAAUUGCAGUGCAAACUCUAGCUGUUUUGAGACAGUUACAGAAGUUCAGAAAGCUCUUUAUUUCUACAAAUGACAUGAUGUAGCAUUCUUUCGAGGCCAUAACACAAUCCUGAUUCAUAGGCUUGUACAGCAGAUUUCCAUAAAAACUGUAUCUAAAAUCAUCAUCACUUAAUGUCUGGUGUGCUGAAUGAUGGCAAAUAUGAGAUCUGGGGGAGAGGAGUGGUGAACGCAGUGUUUGGCAUACAAUGGAAGAGCCUUCUAUGGGAUAUAUACAUAUAUAUACAUAGACAUACAUAUAUAUUUGUGUAUAUUUCAUAAGUUCUAGGAAGCCCAUUGGCAGUAAUGAGCCUUCUCUACCACAAGGCACAUAAUUUGUGUCCACUGUGCACAAACGAUAAAUUUGACAAGCAAAAGAUUUCCUGCUGCAGCUCCAUUACAGGUGUGACUCUCUUGAUCAAUGGCACAAAAAUAUUUAUUUUAGUCCAGUUGGAGCAAGCUUUUGCAUCCCAUUACACACACCAGCUUUUAGCACAUUUAGCGAACUAGCACAUAAAGUGCUAGUGACAUAUGACAUAAAGAAAUAUAUCUGGCAUUACUUGUUUUAAAGUGGUGCAGGCAUAUUAAUCCACACAUCUACCCUAGUGGAAAUUCUUUCCCCCUUUUUUCCCCCUCUCAGUGCUAAUGUUUCUGUGACAGUGACCAGCAAAUAUAGUAAGUUUGCAGGGGCUGAUUCUGACCCUGCUGUAUAUCAGAUAUUCCUCCACAGAAGUCAACGGCAUGAAGUCAGAGUAAAGCCACUUAAGCGAGAGAGAGGUCAAGCUUAAAGGGAAAUAUCUCAAACAGACUGAACCCAAGCUGUGGAUUCUUAGAUUUUUCCAAAGCUAAAUAAGGACAGAAGUAUUCUCAGAAAUUUGUGUUUAUUGAAUUAGAAAAUUUUCUUUAAUGUAAAUAAUUUCUGGAGAUGUGAAAAUGCAUAUGUAUCAGCAUUUUUCAGUUGAAUGAGAAGAUGAUGAAAUCUGGCCAUGUGAACAAGUGACCUUUCAGUCUAUGGUCAAACUGAAAAUAUGUUUUGGUUUGGGUGGAUGUGAAACUAAAACAAUUAUAAGAAAAAAUCCAAGCUUGAGAAAAAGGGUAAAAUAGGCAGCUCAUGCUAAAUGAGUUAAAAAUACAUGAUUUCAGGUUUUGACCCUUACAUUUCUUAAGGGAAAAAAAAAAGCACUUGAAAAAAAAAGCCAUUGAAAGAAAAAGUAACAGAUUAUUAUUUAAGAGAUUAUUAUUUUUUUUAAUAUAAAGUCUGAUCAAAAUAUUUUAGUUCUUAGGAAUUCUAUUCUCUAAUCUCUUUGAUCCUCAAAAAACUAACACUAAAUAGUACCCAAAUGCCUAAAAAGAUUCACUUACCUACUGCUUCCUUUCCCCUUAAAAGCUAAGUAUUGGUAAAUAAGCAUUAACUCCAUAUACAUACAGAAGUAAUUUAAAUCAAGCUAUAAGGAUCACAGCUCCAAUCUUACCAACAUAUACUUGUGGUGUACUUAGUCCUGAGCAUGUGGCUAAAAGGGUAUUGUUGUAAAAGCGAGCUCAGUUUUCUUAUUUGGUGUAUGGGAGAAGUAAAAUCUACAUUUCUCAGACUAAAAGCAGAUAAAAUGUUUUACCUGUCAACUACAUCAUUAUAGGAACAACCCUCCAAAUCAAGGAGCACUUACAUGGAACAUCUCCAGCACAUGUAUGUUGGCAGGAUUGGGGUCUAGAGGUGAAAAGCUGAAGGUCACGUUCCUUCCUUAGCAAAACAUAACCCAAAUGACGAAAAGGAUGCUGCUGAGAUGAUUUUGGACAUAACAGUUCAGUGGAUAUCAGGAUAAGCAGAACCCUGGUACUAAGGGACACUACUAGGCUAUGCUGAACUGCAGCACAGACUGGAAUGGAUUAAAGUACUCACUUGUGAUUUUCAACAUGGAUAUUUCAGAAUUUUGAAGGAAUCUCAUUUUUCACCUCUGUAAGGUAUAACUGACCACACUGUGCUUUGUUUUAUUAAUCUCCUGAGUGGCCCAUCAUUUCAGAUGAGAAAUGAGGAGAAAAUUCAUUCUUUAGAAGAAUCAGAAAAUGUGAAGAAUUUUUGCCCAGAUCUGGGUAUUAGACACCAGUAUAGCAUUUUGCUAUUGUAAGGAAUUUUAUAUAAGUGAUUGUAUAUUGUCUUGUGCUUCAGUACUGAUGUGUGUCUUUACCAGAAGAACUGACUUAGCUUCUUGUUUCCAAGUUUUAUGGUAAUAAAAAUGCAAGUUAACUAAUGUGACAACUUCUGAUCCUGGUCCCCUUCCAAAACCACUAACCAAAUAGCAUGCUUAAGAGCCAUCAGCUAAUACAGCCAGAUAAUGCUGAUGUAUAAGUAACCUAUUUUGUUGUGUGUUAACAUGUGAAUGAUUGUUAUUUUAUGCAUGGUUAGAGGUCCCUCACCAGAGUGAGCUCGGAUUCAGACUUUCCCCCGAGGGCUUAUAGAGACUUGCAUUUCAAAAGGCAAAAACAUAAAGGUUGAGCAGAUUUUCUUUCUCAGUCCCUUUUCCCCUUUGCAGAGUAAGGAACAGCUGGUUCCCUCUUUUUGUUAUUUCUUAGUCUAUUUUGAAAAAGCAAGUCCUAUGGAAAAGCAGUGUUCAUCAGAAACUGCAUCAUAGCUGUACUUGCAGCCUGCUGAGUCAGGGACUGAUACUCCCCGCUGAGCACCCAAGGGAGACGGGAACCACGGUACCACCACCUGGCCAAAAAGCCAGGUUUGCCCUGGCUACAGCCAUACCUAAGAACACCUUGGCAGCUUGGGAAUUGAAUGUUUACAAUUGCUCAGCUCCUGGCUGCUAGGCACAACCUAGCUAGGAAAUUUUGGCCAGAUGAGGGUCAAAGUCUUGUUUGAAUGUAGCAGAGCUCUGGGCACCCUUAGCCAUGUUCUAGCUUGAGCUUUGCCGUCCUUACACUUUCAGCAUAAUACCAGCAUCUACUGGAUAUGUAUUUCUUACCCUGGGUGGUGUUAUCUUCAAUUCCUCUGCUGUCAAGAAUGCAAAUUCUUUCUUUCCACUAGCAGAAUUGAGAAACAUUCUCCCAUUGGGCAUAUUAUUUUGUAUUUCCAAAAUUUCUUUUGUUUUCCUGGCUUGAACUCAGAGUAUUGUAUUUAAAUUCCUUCAGAAGAGGUUUCUGGUUAGGGGCUCUAUGCUCUGGCUCAAGGAAGGUUUUCACUUGAAAACUCUGAUGGAGGACAUAUGUUUACCCUGGUUUCCAUCCACUUGCAAAUACCCGAGAUGCUUUGUUAGCAGUCUCUGUAGAAGAGCCAAGAGUUGAUUAGACAGUAGGAAUCAGACCGCUUUCUCCUGUAACACCAAAAAGAUGUUUUGGUUGGUUUUGUUUUUUUUUUUAAAUCCAAUAGCUACCUCACGUUUACAAGAAUAGCAAUAGCGAAUUAUAAUAUUAUUAUUAUUAUUAUUAUUAUUAUUAUUAUUAUUAUUAUUAUUAUCUGUUUUAACUUGAGCCAAGCAGAAUUCACUUCUUCUAUUGCCAUUUUACUCCAUGCUUUGCACAUACAGGGUAAUAGCUUGAGUUAACAUCUUCUUUGUGGUCUAAAUACACUGGCACAUACAGUCCCUACCUGCGAGCAUUGUGCUUAAUUUUGCCUACCUUUAAUCAUACAGAAGGUGUCUAUUCUCAAUAAAUUUCUAAGUUUCCUCUCUAGCAAGGUGAAGGGGAAGAGAUCCACAUUUCUGAAAGGCUGAACAUGCUAGGGAAGGUGGGGAUAAUGGAGGUGCUUCUCUCCCAGGGCUGCAGAGGGAUGUAUAUAGUAUUUUUGUAGCUAAAUGCAAGUAAGAUGACAGCAGCACUCAGUGAAAGUGAUAACUGCAUUGCACUCACUUUCUCAGACAGCUGGAUAAAUCUGCGCAGCUACUGCCUGGGCAUAAUCCCCAUAGGGUUUAGUGUUAACAAAUACAUACGUGGAUGUGAAUCUUGAGGGAACGGAGAACACCACUUUCAUGCAAUGAAGUUGUUACUCUGUGAAAUUCAUCCUGCAGAGUAGGACACUACCCAUGAGAGUUUAACAGUCCCCACUCUCAUCUGUUGGCCAAGAUGCCCAACCACAGCUGGAUCUGCUACUUGCCAGCUUUGUUCUUGAAUGAAGACUCCUUUUCCAAGCUGGGGACAAGUUCAAUGUCACAGUUAAUAUGUCCAGCUUUUGGGAAGAGCUUCGAGUUCACUCUGGCAGGGCAUGGAGACUUUGUCUCCUUAGCAUCUCGCAGGAUGGAGCAUAAGCUGAGAUGAAGUGGACGUGGUCUGCACUCACAGGAAGGUCCUAUGCUAUAAAACUUUCAGCUCAUGGACAGGCAGCUGAAUAAGGGAUGUGUUUUCUAACACACUCAGCAUCUGUCAGACAGGUUCUCAAAGGAAAUGAGGACUCUUUUUGAGACCUGGUGCCAAAGCUAGGUACGAUUCUCUUCAAAAAUGCAAAAACAGGAGCCAGGUUUGUCAACAGUCACAGCUCCAAAUUCAUUUUGCCUUAUAAUUGCUAAAUCCUUUGGAAAAGCAUGAAAGACAUUGCCUGAGAAGUUAUAACCUGGUUUAUUAAGCACCAUAAGUCAGGAGCAUUUGGGGGUUUUGCUGAAUUACGAGCUAAACCAGCUUUCCAAAUGCUCUCAUUCUUGCACAGAUCAAGGUAUGUUCUUUCAUUGAUUGUGGAGUUUUAUAUUAAAAUGACAAAAAGGCACUGAAGGUGUUUGCUGCAUAUUUAUUGGUACUGUACAUAUAGAUGUCUUAAUUUUAUGUAAGAGAAAUUGUAAAAAUCAUGGUAUAAAGUUUAGAUCUCUUUCGUUAACAGCUAUUUCUUUUAGAAAAUAGCUUUGACACCUUCUGACAAUGAAGUUUAUAAAUAGUUCGUUAAAACGU